UUAUUUGUAGUAGACGUCCAGACUGGUCAAAUUACCAAGAUUCCUAUCCUGAAGGAUCGUGAACCUGGCAUGGUGAACCAGCAGGGAUGUGGUAUCCAUGCCAUUGAGCUCAACCCCUCGAGGACCCUCCUGGCGACAGGUGGAGACAACCCUAACAGUCUUGCAAUUUAUCGUCUGCCUACACUCGAUCCUGUCUGUGUGGGAGAUCGAGAUGGGCAUAAGGACUGGAUAUUUUCCAUUGCAUGGAUCAGUGAUACUAUGGCUGUUUCUGGUUCCCGGGAUGGUUCGAUGGGUCUCUGGGAAGUCACAGAGGAUGUGUUGUCCAAAAGUGAUGCCAGGCAUAAUCUCUCGCAAGUUCCUGUCUAUGCCCACAUAACACACAGAGCUCUGAAGGAUAUCCCCAAGGAGAACACCAAUCCUGACAACUGCAAAGUCCGAGCAUUGGCUUUCAACAAUAAGAACAAGGAGCUGGGAGCUGUGUCCCUGGAUGGGUAUUUUCAUCUUUGGAAAGCAGAGCACACACUAUCAAAGCUACUUUCUACCAAGUUGCCAUACUGCAGGGAGAACGUGUGCUUAGCCUAUGGUCAGGAGUGGUCAGUGUAUGCAGUAGGAUCACAGGCACAUGUCUCCUUUCUGGAUCCGCGACAGCCUUCUCACAGCGUUAAAUCUGUCUGUUCCAAAGAACGAGGCAGUGGUAUUCGGUCGGUGAGCUUCUACGAGCACAUCAUCACGGUGGGAACAGGGCAAGGCUCCUUGUUGUUCUACGAUAUCCGAGCCCAGAGGUUUCUGGAUGAAAAGCCCCCGCGUGGCUGCUUUGGACAGAAGCAGAAGUUAGGAGGAAGUGAAAUUCUGAAGUUGACAACGGGGAAAGGUUGGCUGAAUCACGAUGAAACCUGGAGGAAUUACUUUUCUGACAUAAAUUACUUCCCAAAUGCUGUUUACACCCACUGCUACGACUCGUCUGGAACGAAACUCUUUGUGGCAGGAGGCCCCCUUCCAUCAGGACUUCAUGGGAAUUACGCUGGUCUCUGGAGCUAAAAAUAACUCUUCGUAAAUGCUGAUCUCUACACAGAUUUCCACUUUUCCUUUUUUUAACAACGAAAUUGUGUGAUGCCAUUGAUUCCUGAUUUAAAUGCAAGUUGUUUUUUGGCAGAGUUUUCUGUUGGUCUCCAACAGUUUUGUACAUCUUUUUGAACCAGUUUUUUGCUUUAACCUCCUUGAUCCUUUAUAUGAAGGGGUUUUGAAGUUCUUUUUUAUUGUAUUUACUCCAAAUGACUCUUCCCCCACAUUUAGGCUGUCUUGGCCAUGUGCCCCCUCCUCUACUUUGCUGUGAGGUAGGAUUCCUUUCUUAUAGAGUGGUUGCUCCUGGGCUUUCUGUGAAAGUCUCCGGGCUGCGUGUGUGCAGGUACUUUGUGUCAGUUCCAUUACCUGGAGUGAGGACUACUUGUAAUUAAAAAAAUAUGAAAAAUAUUUAUAAGAGAUAAGCUACUACUUUAUCUGCAGAGCCUGGCCCUGGCCUGGGUUGAUCUUAUUUUUUGAAAGUACAAGUCUAAUGACUCUGUUUAUAUGUAGAGGGAUACAGUAAUUUUAAGCUGUAUUCAUUGGAGCCCACGAACAGAUACCCCAGAGGUAUUGCCCAUCAAGUCUGAAGUUCAGGAAUUCUAAAAAGAGCGUUUUUCUUCCAGUUGUAGUUUUCAGCAGUGCCAAGAGCAAAAAUUGACCUUCUGUUUUUUCACUGCAUGUCCCAGGUAU